CAUUAGUCUGAAGUAUGGCUCUUCCUUGAGACUGAAAUUUACAUGAAGAACAAAGCAGGUCAAUUGGAUUCAGUGAAAACAGUGCAUCACAUAAUACACUGCAGUCACAUGAUGCAGCGUGCACAGAGCAAAUGGUUAUUAUAAAUGAGCUCAACAUCUCAACAACAAGAUUGUGGCCAGAAUUUAUGCGGCACUAGAUGACACACACAUGAUAUACAGCCCACUUUAGAGAACAACAAAAGAACAUUAGAUCUGUGUACUGGUGUAAUAACUCAACUUGGUCUAAUUUAUGUCCAAUAUGAGAACUUUUAGCAAAUUGGAAGUGUUGAUCCUAGAUCAGUAAGAGGACAUAACUUUUACCAUCGGAACAUCAUAUUCAUAAAAGCUCAUAAUACAGAUUAGAUAUCAGACAGGAUUGCUGAUUAACAGUAAGGUCCCUUAAGGAUAAUGGAAAUGAAUUACCUCCGGAAUGACAGCUCUGUGCAUAAAAAUGUUUAUUUCCCAAAGGCCUAUGGGGACAGGCCCAUAGGUAGUAAACAUGACACUGAUGGAUACACCGAUUCGGACGAUCGACCAAGCGCAAUUGGUAUUGGAAUAACAUUUGCAGUGUUGGUCUCCCUUUUCCUCUUGUUCUUCCUGUUUCUGGACCUCAGGAAACCGUUUAACAGAAUAGCCGCCCGGUUCUGCCCAGGCUAUGUUUCACGAAAGGACAGCUAUCAGUCGGUUCAUAGUUAUCUCUCAUUUGGAAGUGAUUCUUUGAAUGGAGAUGUGCCAAGGAGACUUUCAACAUUUCAAACCAUUGAGCGACGUGUUUCAGAAUUUGUCGGCAUCAAAGAAGGGGAUCGUCCUUCUAAUAGACGCUACAGCAAAAUAACAGAUGAUUCUUUGGUAGACUCAAAGAUGCAAAUGAAACAGGAAAAGCGACGCUUCAGUUGCAAUGUAUAAAAUUGAGAUUGCAGUGUUACAAACAGUUGUGCAUUUGUAUUUUUAGGUGGCUUCUUAUAAUUUGCAAAUGCAUAUUAAAGAUGACAGUAUUUAUUUUGAAAGUAUAUGUAUAGACAAAAUGCUUAGAAUU